UCACUCCAGUGUCCCCACGGUUGGGGGACAAUUUUGACAAACGGGGCUCUGUGGUGCAGAACAUUAGUUCAGCCUAACCGCCGUUUCCACUUAGACGCAUUUGGCUGCAGCACACAACUUUCCGAGGUAGUCCUGCUCAAUUUGAAUUUCUCUUGGAGAUAAAUAAAGUAUCUAUGUAGUUUGUGGAGGAGCUGUCAAUAAAACCGUGUCUUGCACGAAUUACCAGCGGUAGUGUCCAGCAGGCAGAGAUGCCCUCAGGUCAAAGGGUUAGAGAGUGUAGCACCUCUGGUGAACUCUGUGGAGGAAUGCCCUGAUCCCAUUCCCACCACCAUAAAGGGAACCAUCCCUUUAUGGAUAAAUGGGAGCUUCCUGAGGAACGGCCCUGGAAAGUUUGAAUUUGGCCAGGACAGGUACAGCACGCUACACCACUCACAAUAGCUCAACUACCAAAACAAUCAAAACCAAAAAUUGGUUCUGAUUCUAAGUUUGACAGAGGCUGCACUGUAAAAUUAAACAGAUGCUCACAGUAGUUAACAGUUUGAACAAAAUUUAUAGCACAUUCCUGGUGCAAAUUGCAUGCAAGUACAUGUGUCAACAUGAGUACAUUUCUUGGUACUUUUUUACAAAAAAGAAAUACAGUAAUCCCUCAUUUAUCACGGUUCCAGACCCAACUGUGAUAAGUGAAUUUCCGCAAAAUAGGAUUCCUUCCUUAUAAAUGGAAUAUUUUUGUAGUUGGAGCAUAGAAAACCUGUUGAUGACCUUCUAAAUACGAACAUUAUUCGAGCCGUCUAGACAUGAACUUUAAUACCCCUAUAAUCAUCUUUACACUCAUAAUAUUCAAUAUAGUCGAUAUAAUCAGAGAAAAUAAGUCAUUUUAGACAUUAAAUUUACUUUUGCUUGUGUGCAUUGCAAGAAAUGUGUUCAACAUCAUAUGGAGUUUCAGAGUUGAGUUUUAUCUUGGCAUGUGUUACGGAAGCAACAGUAGCUUGUGUUAUUAUUAUUAUGAUUAUUAUGUUAAUACUGUUGCCCUGCGAUUGGCUGGCGACCAGUCCAGGGUGUACCCCUCCUGCUGCCCGAAGUCAGCUGGGAGAGGCUCCAGCAUACCCCCGCGACCCUAAUGAGGAGAAGUGGCAUAGAAAAUGGAUGGAUGAAUGGAUGUUAAUUUAUGUUAAGUUAUGUUAUUACUGUUGUGCCUGACAAUUCAAACCUGCCAUUUAGGCAAAAAGAUAUGUCAAAUUUCCUUGAAUAUGCAUUUUUUUUUUUUUUUUUUUACAAAUAGGCCCUAUUCAACCAAGAAACAGCAUAAUUUAUUAAUUUAUAUAUUUUUGAUAAUAUGAUAGUAUUGCUAAGUUGCUGCAAACGUACAUAGAUUUGAGUGCAAGACCAGAAAUAGAUUGUAUUAACUAUACGUUUAUUUUUGUGCUUGUAGUAGAACAUAACCACAUCUUACUGAGCGCAUUUCUAAUUUCUUAUGAUUUGCUCCUCUCAUGUUGUCAAAAUACUACAUACAUACACUGCAAACUACAACCACAAUAAUAAACAUAUUGUUAAGUAAAUAUAUCUUUGACAGAUUCAGAGUUAUGCAAAAAUUAUGUAACUGAUUUCUAUGAAACUGGAUGGAUCAGCCACAGUGGACUGUUUUUUGUGCAGAUCUGGAUAAAUCAAGUGCAGAAUGAGCCAUUUAUAUACACUUUUUGUUGUUACAGUCUGCUUGCAUUUGAGCCAAGAGGAGCAGUGACCAACCAGCUCCACCAUUUGGAGCUACGAUGAAAUAAGCUUGCUGCUCGUGGCCACUUUGUAAUGCACAUUAACAUUAGAUUUUCUGUUGAAACAGUCAGAAGGACAUGUGUCGGGCUGUUCAACUUUGGUGGAGGUAUUUUUGGAAAGGCUAAACUUUUGUAUUGAAUGUCAUUAGAUAUGAAUGUGUACCAUGGUGUUUGUUGUUACUAUGUAUGUGCCUCUUUGUCUGCUGAACUUGUGCAAUAACAAAACUGCAGGCUCCAAGAAUCCUUCAAGCGGAAUAAUGUGAAAAAUGUGUGGUGGAAGAGUUCACAGUUCAUGAAUCAGCCACACACACGUGAAGGCCCAGAGGCACUUUUCAUGACAAGUUUUGAAUUUUUGUCUUUCAUCCACACAGAAGCAGGAUUUCUCUCUGUUUCAGUGUCUCAAAGUGAUGGUGUCACACACUCUUACAGUCUGUUUCUUUGUCCCCCCCGCCACCCACCCCUCCACCCUACCAGAUACACCCAUUGGUUUGACGGCAUGGCCAUGAUGCACAGAUUUCACAUCUGUGAGGGCAAUGUCACAUACAGUAGCCGCUUCCUUAGAAGUGACUCGUAUGUGCACAACUCCGAGAAGAAUCGCAUCGUAGUGUCAGAGUUCGGAACACUGGCCAUGCCCGAUCCUUGCAAGAACAUCUUUGCUAGAUUCUUCUCACGUUUUCAGAUCCCAAAGGCUACAGACAACGCCAGCGUGAACUUUGUCAAGUACAAGGGAGACUACUAUGUGAGCACAGAAACCAACUACAUGAGACACAUAGAUCCUCAAACUUUGGACACAAAAGAGAAGAUGGACUGGAGCCAGUACAUUGCUGUCAACUCAGCCACAGCUCACCCACACUAUGACCGCCAAGGGGCCACAUACAACAUGGGCAACUCACAUGGAAAAGGAGGUUUCUUCUACAACAUCAUCCGUGUGCCCCCACCUGAGGAGACGGGGGCGAAUGAGGAUUGCGCAAACCUGAAUGGAGCCAAAGUGAUCUGCUCCAUCCGGGCAUGUGAACCCAGAAAACCUUCCUACUAUCACAGCUUCGUCAUGUCGGAGAACUACAUUGUGUUUGUGGAGCAGCCUAUCAAGUUGGAUCUGCUCAAGCUUAUGCUGUACCGCAUUCAAGGAAAGAGCUUUCAUAAGGUCAUGACCUGGGAGCCCCAGUAUGACACCAUUUUCCAUCUGGUCAACCUGCACACAGGAAAAGUGAGUGAGGUCAAAUACCGUGCAGCUCCCAUGUUCACACUGCAUCAGAUCAAUGCCUUUGAGGACAACGGCUUUCUUGUUAUGGACAUGUGCUGCGGGGAUGAUGGCGAGGUCAUCGGAGACUUCACCUUGGAGAACCUCCGCAGAGACUCAGGAGAGGAAAUGGACAAGUUUUACAACUCCCUGUGUAGAAACCUGCCGAGGAGAUACGUCCUCCCUCUGAAAGUGGACAAACAAACCCCUGUGGACCAGAACCUUGUGACCCUGCCAAACUAUAAAGCCACUGCCAAGAAGACACAAUCUGGAGAGGUUUUCAUGACCCACGAGGAGCUUCACGACGAAGAGCUGCUGCAAUACGGUGGCCUGGAGUUCCCUCAGAUCAACUACGAACGCUGCAAUGGUCGGCCUUACCGCUACUUUUACUCCUGUGGCUUUGGACACGUCUUCAGUGACUCCCUGCUCAAAAUGGACGUGCACACCAAAGAGCUUAAGGUGUGGCGGUAUCCCGGCUUGUUCCCGUCUGAGCCUGUCUUUGUUACUUCGCCUGAGGCUACGGAGGAAGAUGAUGGAGUUGUGUUGUCAGUCAUUAUCACACCCCGAGAAGACAAAAGUACGUUCCUUCUCGUUCUGGAUGCUAAGACCUUCACUGAGCUGGGCAGAGCAGAGGUCCCUGUCAAUAUCCCAUAUGGUACGCACGGCGUGUUUAAUCAUAUGGCUUAGAUGUUCUGCUGUUGAACAAUCAGCUACCUGAACCAUCAACAAGGACACUUUAUUCGCAGAAAGGAACAUCUCAGUUGAUGAAGAGUUAAAAAAAAAUAAGAGAAGAAAUAAGAACUGAGAUGUCCUUUUUUGUAGUCCACUGACAGGAAUAAGUGCAUGUGAAAGGAUAUUGCUAUGACAAUAACGCCUUGUUAGAGACAGACAAGCCGUCACGUGCUUUCACUAUGACCCAAAUGGACAGACUUUUGAAGGACAAAUACUUUAAUGUGAGGAAAUACUUUCAAAAUAACACAAACAAAUGUCAGCAGAAGACAAUAAAAUGAAAUAAAUUUCCCUCAUUUCUGUUUAAAACUGAAGUGUUUUUUUUUUUGUUUGUUUUUUGCAUCAUUACGCCACUUGAAACGCAACACUCCCAGUGCGAACAGAGCAGCACUUAGGAGGCAUCAAAAUGCAUCAGAGCAAAUUCAAUUUCUGUCAAAGUAAUGUGAUAGAAAUGGACAACGUCUGAAAAUGCCUUGAAAACAAAUGGAUCCGACUGGUCGAUAGCCUCCUGAGAGUCUGCCAGAGGUCACGUCACAAAUUUGGUGCUGUUGAAAUGAGCAAAACAACGCUGACAUUCACUUAAACGCCGACAUGUCGGACCCGAUGAGGGAACAAGAGCACUUUGAUGUCGCAAUAACAGCCCAAACAAAAACCCAGCCGUAAUAAGGAAUGUCCGAGGUGAAUUCUGGUCAAGAAUAUGAAGUAGCCUGUGGCUGCGCCUGUCACUCUACCUUCCUCACCAGUGGCUCUAGCCAUGCCUUCAAUGGCUGUCUUCACCCUUGCAUUGAUUUUAAUGGGCUGAUGUCACCUGACCUCAGGCACUGGACCUGGCACAGCCUCUAAGAAUGCCAUAUGACUACUAAUCUUUUGCUUUUAGAAUUGUAGUCAGAAAAACAGCAUGGAAGUAAUUCAACAAGCCUAAUCCAGAGUAUAAAGUUCAAGUUCAGCCCUCGUCCUGUUUUGACAUUGCAAGUCACGCGUCACGUACUGUAACACACACACAUGCGCAUGAGUUAUUAUGGUUGUUGGCAGCUCAUGAAUGCGAUUUUGGCAAAGUUUAACUACUAACAUUAGCUACACAAAUGACUCCAAAUUGUUGAUCACCACUCUGAGACUGCUUUUGUGUAUGUGCAUGCGCUAAAGUCUCGAUCACAGCCGGUCAUACGGGCUCCUACAGCAGGUCUACGUGCAAGAAGUGCACUGAGGGUACAUGUGUGACGUGCUGAUUUUCGAGCCGAAGAGAGGCCGCAGAGGUUUUGUCAUGUCAAACAAAUUCUGCAGGCGCUUACGUUUUUUUCAGGUUGCAAGACAAACUUACGCACUUUGUACGUUUUCGUGCGUCGUCCAGACGGCCAAUUUGCGUCUUUUAUACAUUUUACUGGUGUCAGGUUUGGUUAAAAUGUCAAUUUUUUUUGGACGUCGCCCUUGCAGAUUGUGUGUCGUGCGCCACACAUGCACAUAUGUAACUCGUGUGGCCAACGCUCGUUCAUAUAUUUUGUACGUCCUCCAUGCAUGUCAAGAUCUUACUUGACACGCAUUCGGGUGGGUAGUUUUGAAUUAAGAGGAAUUUAUUUUUACGUUUUGCUGUUCAAGGCUGACAGAACUUUUCCCCCCACCUGAGAAUGCAAAAGUCCCAAUUGUCUACUCAGAAUGGACUACAUAUAUCCUUCUCCAUUUACCAGGAAGUGACCUGAUAACUAACAAAAAUUAUACAAUUCAGCAAAUUUGAAUUGGAAAUUUUGAUGAAAAUGUGGAAUAAUACAGGAAUUGAAUUUUGGUCUUUGAGACAAAAUGUAAGUGCUCUCCCACCGUGAUUACAAAUCUGUAAAACCUUCAUUAACCAAGUUGUGUGCUAACCUAUGGACUGACAAACAAACCCACAUAAGGGGCCCGAGUUUUUUCACAUUUGUCUUGAUUUAUUUUCACUUUUGUGAUGGUUUGUAAGACGUCUGAACCCCAGUAAGUGCUGUUAAAGAGUUUAUUUUUUCUUCUCACCUGUAAUACUGCAAGACUUUUUUCUAAGGGCCUGACCCAGCUAUCACAUAAUGAAAAAAGAAUGUUAGAACCAAACCAAGAACUAAUGUUUAGAUAACAUUAAAAAAAUUGCCACUGCAGCCAAGGGGCAACCAACAGAUGCUCACCAAACCAAAAAAACAUGUCUGAAAAAAAAAAACAAACUUAAAGUUUUCAUAACAACUGGGAUCUGAUAAAUUGCUAAACUGUGUGAGCAUACAAAUAAAAUUGCAUAUAGUAUUAGUGGGCCUUGUGGGUCAGCUAAUAUGAUUAUUUAUACAAUUUGGAACAGGUGCAAAAAUGGUGCGGACCACUCUAUUUAAAUGAGGAUUUUACGUGUGCUGCCAUCUGUCGACAUGGAGAGUUUGGGGGAGCAAAGGGGCCGUAAAAGAAAAAUGAGAUUUGCCAUGGAGUUGGAGGUCUUGGUGGAGGAUGCAAACAAACACACUGGUGAAGUCAGGGACAUCACAUCAUCAUAGUACAGUAUUGCUAAGUUAGUGUAUUUUUUUCAUUUAACAUACAUUUUUUAUACUUUUUACACUAUACUUGAGAGUGAAUGUUUGUUUGUCUAUAUGUGCCCUGUAAUUGGCUGGCGACCAGCCCAGGGUGCACCCCGCCUCUUGCCGAAAGUCAACUGGGAUAGGCUCCAACAAACCCCCUCCGCCCUAGUGAGGACAAGAAAGAAAAAAUGAGUGAAUGUUUUACACUACAACAUGUGUGUUUGCACUUUGCACCUGCCUUCCAAACAUGCUAAAAAUACACGGUACACAUAUUUAAUAAAUCACAUUGCAGGUGCAAAAUGACAACAUUUGUAUCUUCGCCUCCCAUAUUUCUAUGUGUUAUGAUAAUCUGCAUGUAUUCUGCAUAUUCAUGAAGGCAAACACGUAAAAUGGAUGUCCAGUGUUGUUUUGCUCAUUUGACAGAUGCAGUCCUCUGUGUUAGUAGAUCCGCUGUGCACACGCUAUCAAGUUUGCACGUGUUUUUAUACACGCCAACCUUUAGUUGAUCAGGCCCUUAAGAGUAAUGUAAGAAAUUCAAGAACAAAAUCUUGGCAUAAUCAGUGUGCGAGUGUCUAUGAAGAUUGUUGGAUCUUGGUCUGUCAUUCUAAUUUAUGACUGUUUCCACACCCAGGCAGAGUUUUACUUUAUCUGCUCUAACAAACUUAACAAAACAGAAAGGUUUGACUGACAGCAUAUUGCUGUAAUUAAUUUAAUGCCACAUAUAAUACAUUGUGAAUUACCAACAGCAAUAUUAGAGCCAUGUUCUGUGCUCGACCAGGGUCUAAUAAGCAUGCUGCUCGAGUCUCCCAAGAUACGCAUUAAUUAGCUCAUAAUUUCUAAUCUAAUCAGUCAUGCUUAACCUCUCCGCACAAGCCUGACAGUGUGUGUGUGUGUGUGCUUAACGUUUAGUUUAUUAGUACCUGUGACGUGCGUGGCAGACAGAUCCAGGUGACCUUUGCCCUCGGUUAACCCAGAGUUAAAUUUUGUUUGCAAAGCUGCAAGGCGAAACAAAACCUUAUCAGCGGAGCCGCAGACACGUUUCAUUCAACCCAUUCCCAAAAUGAGACACUAAGAAUGGAAAUCAAUGGUCAAUUCAAGGUGUUCUUCUUGAUAAGUUUUACUUCUACUGUAAAGUGCCGCACUAGUGCUUACGAUGCAGCUAACUGUGUUUGUAUGCAAGCUUGUCUCACCUCAUUUGAAGCUGACACUUUGUGACUAUAAGCUCUCAUCUGACCUCUCGUGAGUCUUAUGUGUUAUCGUUGUCAUUAUUUGCCUGCAAAUACAUCGUGAUGUGUUCCAUAUUCAGCAUAUUAGUCACACUUCUUAGAGGCAGGCAUUUGCCCCCGCUCAGUGCUGUGGUCUUUGUUCACAUGUUAUCGUCACGGUCUGCAGCAUCAACUGACUGAUUAUACUGUAUAUCCAGUGUGUGUGUGUGUGUGUGUGUGUAAGUGCUUAUAGUGUGUGUUGUAGUUUUUUUUUUUUUUUUUUUUGUUUUUUUUUUAGAAUAAUAUACUGUAUAUGUGCAUAGAGGCAUGCAUGGGGCAUGUGUGAGCAUCUCUCUGCGGUCUCUCUCCUCCCUCUGUAAAGAGAUGCAGCAUGUGAGAUACAGCACACCCAUUGGCCUCAACUUUAGGUACACCUGCACACUGAGACGCUCGUUAUUAGUUUAUAUAUUAUUAAACAUGCAGAGCUUAACCACCUGAGCUGGCACGCUGGUUUUCUAUCAAAAUUACAUAACACACUAUCGCUACUUACACUAUCGCUUUUUCUGUUCAGGAAUGCAAGUGAAUAAAUCAAAUUGUCUUAAUCAAGAAAUAAUGAUAUGAUCUACUAUUUUAAUUGUUUUGUAAAACAUGACAAUUCAUGGAUGACAAUAAUGAUUAUAAUUUAGCAUUAACGAUUAUUAAAGAUUAUUUUGGUAAAAGUAAGAUCUCGACACGCGUGGAGGACGUACGAAAUAGCUGAACGUGCGUUGGCCGCACUAAUUACGUAUGUGGUGUGCACGUGUGGCGCACAACAGACAUAGGAGUCUGCAAGUGCAACGUAUGACACAUGUUGGCUGUACGGAUGACACACAAAGACGUACGAAGUGUGUAAGUUUGUGUUGCAACCUGAAAAAAAAACAUAAGCGUACGUAGAGUUUGUUUGACACACGCCCUCCGUGCGACCGGUUGUGACCUAGACUUUAGUGCGUGCAUACACAAAAGCAGUCUCAGAGUGGUGAUCAACAAUUUGGAGUCAUUGUGUGGUUAAGAUAGGCUUUUUUCAUAAUAAAUAGAAAUUAUGUAUAAUAAUAAUCAGUGUAAACAAGUUCAAAACUCUUCUUCCUUGUAUUUUGCAAACAUCAACUGCUUGUAUUGUUUCUUAAAAUCACUCAUCUUGGUGCUUUGUUUGAGUUCCUUACUCAAUCCGUUCCAUGAUUUGAUUCCACAUACUGAAAUGCAGUGGGUUUUUAGAGUUGUUCUCCUGUAUAUGUGUUUUAAGUUUAAUUUUUCCUUGAGAUCAUGUUUCUCCUCUUUUGUAGAAAUGUAAUCUAUGACAUUUUCGGGUAAUAGGUUAUUGUUAGCGUCAUGCAUUAUUUUAGCUGUUUGAAAAUGUACUAAAUCAGCAAAUUGUAAUAUUGGUGUUUUUAGAAAUAAGGAAUUUGUAUGUUCUCUAUACGCGGCAUUAUGGAUUAUCCUGAAGAUUGCUUUUAUAGUUAUUACCCCAUACCUCCAGACAAUAAGUUAGAUAUGGUAAUACCAGAGAGCAGUAAAGUGUAUGGAGUGAUUUUUGAUCAAGGACUAAUUUUUCUGUAUUCAACAUUGAAGUAUUUCUCGCCACCUUAUGUUGUAUAUUUUUGAUGUGAGAUUUCCAGCUCAGUGUGGUGGUGGCUGAGUGGUUAGCACACAGUCACACAGUCUGGAGAUCGGGAUGAUCUGGGUUUGAAUCUCCGCUGGGCAUCUCUGUGAGAAAACCCCGUGUGUGCGUGGGUUUUCUCAGGGUACUCCGGUUUCCUCCCAUUUCAAAAACAUGCAUGUUAGGUUAAAUGUAUUUUCGUAUACCCUUUCAAUGUCCCCUCCGUCUAUUUGUAUUUGGUCUAUGGCCCUGAGUAUGAUGUAAUGCUGUACUACUACAACCACAACAAUAAGCAUAAUGUUAAUAAAUACCUCUCUGACAAUGUCAGUCAAAACUGCUGAGAUCGUUAUUUUUGUAAAGAGAUUUUCUGACACAGUUCUCGUACAAUAUUGGAGCUCAUUGAACUCUGGUCACUGACUGUAACACAGCAAUGAAAUCCCUUGAAUGUGAGAAGAAAAGACAUAAU